AUGUUCGAGUUCAGAGAUAUCAUCGUUCUUAGUUUAUCUGUGUCGAUCUUUCGCAACGGGGAAGCUAUCGAGGGGACAACUAAUCUUUUUUACCCGGACAUCGCAGCUUCUCCGGGUGAUUUCAUACUUGGAGGGAUAUUCCCGCUGCAUGAGUUUAACGCACUCUACCCGUGCGGACGUCAUAUUCGAUCAAUGGGAUCGAUCCUAAGGUACCAAGCCAUGAUCUUCGCAAUAGAGGAGAUCAACAGAAGAGAUGAUAUUCUCCCUAACGUGACGCUGGGAUAUAUGAUAACGGAUAGCUGUCACACUGACAUGACAGCGUCCGCACAAGUGCUACGAAUCGUUAUACAGAAACAAAUAGAAAACAAAUGUUCGCUCGGAAAUGAGAGCAUUCCUAUUGAUAUGAAUAGGGUUGUUGGUUUCAUCGGACCACAGGCCAGUGAUGCUUCGAUCCUAGUGGCAAACAUCCUCGGUGUGUUACAAGUUCCGCAGAUAAGCUUCCUUGCCACCACCGAUGUGCUUUCUGAUAGGAUCCGUUACAGCAACUUCUUCAGAACGGUUCCAUCGGAUGUUUUCACUGUAGAGGCUUUGGUUGACCUGCUGAAACGAUACAACUGGAGGUAUAUCUCAGCUGUUUAUACACCCGGGGACUACGGGUCGAUGGCGUUACAAAGACUGUUUAGACGUACAAUUAACCACAAUAUCUGUUUUGGACAGGUUAUCAGUCUAAGACGAGGCGCCAAUAUUGACGAAGAAUUCGAUGCCGUAAUCCAUAGACUUCGAAUGGUUCGUAAGGCGAGGGUGGUCGUGUUAUAUAUUUCCAACACUGCGGAUGUUAUUACAUUAAUGAAGCAUGUCAAUCGCCUAAACGCAACGGAAGAGUUCAUAUGGAUAGGGUCUGAUACUUGGCCGUGGCAUGUUAAAGAUAUGGAAAAUCAAGGAGGCGCCAUGAUCGGAUCUUUUGCGUUGCGUCCUUACACUAUCAAGGUCCCUGAAUUUGAUAAUUAUUUUACAAACUUACAGUACAAGGAUGUCGUAAAUAACGUCUUCUUGAGAAAGUUUAUGGAGACUAAGUUUCGGUGUUCUCGAAACGCAACUAAUCCUUCAAAGAAAUGUAAACCAGAUUUAAGAAUAACUGAAAGACACGGCUUCUUUUCUGAUUCUAAGGUAUCCCUAGUGAUAGAUUCUGUGUAUGCAAUGGUUUUUGGACUUAAUACAGUUUACAUGGAAUGUAUUGAUGUUGUUUCACGAAGGAAAAGUACAUUUCACAGACGUGACGAAAUCCUUGAGUGCGUCACACAAGAGAAAGUAGUACAGGCUAUUAGAGAUGUUAGUUUUGAGGGUCUUACAGGGGAAAUUGCUUUUGACUUAUUCGGCAGUACUCUUGAAAAACGCUUCGAGAUCGUCAAUAUGAAAAGGGGUGUAUUGGGAAAUCUCCAGAUGCAGCGUGUUGGCAUAUGGUACAUAGAUCAAGUUGAUAUCGAAGGACAAGUUGGAAGUCACGAAGAGACUGAUAAAAGAAAUGUCAAAAGAAAGGACAGAGGCCAAUACUGCUAUGAUGUCCAACGACAGAACACGAUCAAGGAAUGCAUAAAUAUAACACGUACCACACAGGAGAACGAUAUCGACCUUGAUGAUCUGGAAAUCAUGACUGAGAUUGAAUCUCUAGCUGGAAAUCUUGUGAUGGAUACUGAUGCCAUAUAUUGGCCGAGAAUAGAUCCUGGUGAAGGUGGUGUUAUUCCUGAAUCAGUCUGCAGCAGGGAUUGUACAGUCGGCUCCAAACGUCAGUUCUCCACUCUCUGUUGCUGGACUUGCCAGCGCUGUAGGAUGAAUGAGAUCACGGAUCAAAACCAAACAAACUGUAUAACAUGUCCGCCACACUACUGGCCUGACCAAUCAGAAAGAAAAACGUGUCUCAAAAUCCGCGCUACUCGACGUUCUUGGGGUGACACCAGUAAUAUCAUAAUGAUCAUAUUCACAGCGUUUGGGAUGUCGCUCGCAACUUUGAUUCUUAUUGUUUUCGUGAAGUAUCGAGAGGACAGACUGGUCAAAGCGUCCAGUAGGGAGAUGAUGUUUAUUAUGAUUGCUGGGCUUUAUGUGUCUUUUAUUGUUGUUUUCUUCUUUGUGUCUACACCAAGCGUGACGUCAUGCUAUGUAGACGCGUUCGGACUUGGGUUGAGUUUCACAAUGUGUUACGCCCCGUUAUUGACUAAGACACGACGGAUAUAUGUCAUCUUUAAGUCUGGAUCAAAGACAACCCAGAAACCAAGAUUUGUUGGAACACGUUCUCAACUUGUCAUCGCCAUUGUCUUAAUUAUAAUACAGAUCAUCAUUAGCACUAUUAUCGCAAUAGCGUCACCUCCUAGUAUCAUCCGUGAAAUGCCAAAUCCAAUGGAACCUCACGUAGAAAUCACAUGCAACGUCUCUAUCGGAGGCAUGAUUGCUUCGAUAUGUUAUAACGUCUGUCUGAUUCUUCUUUGCUGUGCAUUCGCCUGGAAGGCAAGAGGGUUGCCAGCAAACUUCAACGAAACUAAAUUCAUCAUGAUCUCAGUGUACACUACAUUGAUUCUAUGGAUUGCCUUCAUACCGAGCUACUUCACUGCAUCUGCUGGACAUCACCGUGUUACCUUAAGGAACUUGGCGUUGAUCAUAAAUGCAUACGUCACGAUUAUAUGCAUGUUUGUUCCAAAGCUAUACGCCAUUUUCUGCGCCAAUGAAACCAGUGGUACGGGUAAAACUGGUGAUGUCUCUCAGGCUAGAGAUAAUUCUGUUGUCCCAAGUAACCUUGGUAAUAACACAAUCGUCGUCAGUGAUGCGGACAAGGUAUAUAAAAGUGCUGUACUAGGUGCUAACACAAGUCUGGAUGAUCCUCGAUCCGUAGCCGCAAUGUUUACUACGAAGAGUGUGGGCAGUAACUUACUCCCAUCACGAUUAAUGAUGUCGACUACUUCUAAAAGAAGCAGCGAGAGCACAGUUGCAAUUGCCCAGUUAGAGAGUUAGUGACAUUAUGUUCGUUAUAGAGCUUUUUU